AUGAGCUCCCAAAGACCUUCGGACGACGUUGCCCACUCUCAUUCUAGUAAUGAUGAGGAGGCACAGCUGAAACGCAGUGCCUCGAGGCGGAUGGACCUUUCACGCGACGAUGACUUGCACAAGUCAGAACCUCGACGGUCAAAAAAGCAGAAGCUCAGGGACCACUGCGCUCGCUUCUGGUGCUGUUGGGUCGUGUUCAUUGUUGUUGCACUUGCAGCUGGGCUGCCGAUUCUCUUCCUUGUUAUUCUUCCAGCCAUUGCCCAGCGCAUCGUCAAUGACACGGAUCUCCCAAUUUACGGUGCUGACCUCCGCCCGAUCAACGCAACUCACAUCAAGGUGGGACUCUCCACAAGCCUGAGCCUGCCAGCUGGUCUGAGCGUCAAACUCGAUGCUUGCGACCUAUGGCUGUACAAUCCAGAGAUGCGUGAUAAACCGUAUGCUCGUGUGCCAAUGCCGGAGCAGUAUGUGUCCGGUGGCAACGGCGCGCUCGCCAUCAACGACAUAGUUGGGGAGGUGACAGACAUGGACCAGAUCAACAAGUGGCUCACACGAACCUUGCACGAUCAAGAGACGUCCAUUAGUGUUCGAGCAUCGACCACGGCGUGGCUGGGGGCCAUCAAGCUUCCGCUUACAAUCGACAAGACCGUGCAGACACCAGCUCUACGCGAACUGGCAGGCAGCAGUCUGAGUGAGGCUCACCUAUUUCUUCCGCCUCAGAAAGAUGGAACUAAUAUUGCCGGGACCAUGGUUCUUCCUAAUUACUCCACCAUGACUAUGGACCUUGGCAACGUCACACUCAACGUUUUGUCUGGCAGCAUCCUACUCGGCAACUUGGAACUACAAAACACCCUUCUCCACCCUGGCAACCAGACUGUGCCAUUCCGCGGUGAGAUAUUUCUUGAUGCCCUGCUUGACAACAUCAUGGGUGUCAUAGCAAGCCAGGCCGACUCUGCGUUCAAGGGUGUCGUCACACUCACCGCCAGCGGCAACCAGACAGUCAUCAACGGAGUCCACAUCAAGUACCUCGAAGACGUGCUUGGCAAGGCACUAAUCAAGGUCGAGGUGCCCAUUACCAAGCUGCUCAGUGAUGUCGUGAGCAGCUGGACAGCAGGCACGCUGACCAUCAAUGGUGCAUUCUCUGAGAUCUUGGAUGGUUUCAUUGGUGAUAAUUUGACAUUCGGGGAGAUAGUGGGCAAUCUGUUUGGAGGACAAGAUGGUACGCCGGGCGGACUGUUCCAUGACGUCCUCUCGCACUGGAACCUUUUCAAAGUCGAUGAGGCGCUGCAGAGUGCGCGUCACCAGCGUAGGGCUAUGCUGAUGAGUUUGGAUAGUAUUCAGCAUGACUAG